UAUGCAAAACAAGGGCAGACAGUGUAUUUAUACGUUGUACUAAACACUCCUUGUCUCCCCUGACCCUCAGUUUUGCCUUUUUUGUGAAAAAGUGUCUACAGAGAACAAAACAGAACGGAACAGAGAGAGAGAGGAGCUUCUCUACUUCACUUUCUGGAGAGACAUGGAGGGUGCAAACUGGAGGAUAACAGAUGAAGAAGCAGGGCCAUCCUCUUCUUCUGGGAUUGCUUCAACUAAACAACAAAACCCACCUGAAACUUUUCAUCAUAGGAAGGAGGCAGAAGAAGAAGAAGAAACCGAGGAAGAGGAAGAAGAAGACGUUUGUCAGCAUAAAAAUAUCACCUUUGUUCCUGGUCCUCUCCUUUCUCUCAAGGAUCAGAUCGAAAAAGACAAGGAGGAUGAGAGCCUUAGGAGAUGGAAAGAGAAGCUGUUAGGAUGCAUGGAAAGUGAUUUGGAUGGUCAGAUACAUCCUGAAGUGAAAUUCCACUCCAUUGGAAUAAUCUCUGAGGAUUUUGGUGAAGUUAUUACUUCUUUAUCUGUGGAUGAAAGCCAAAAUGGUCAUAUUCUGUUUACUCUCAGGGAGGGCUCUCAUUAUCAGCUUAAGCUCAAAUUCAGUGUUCUGCACAACAUCGUGUCUGGCUUGACAUACUGCAACACUGUGUGGAAAGGAGGGCUUCAAGUUGACCAGAGCAAAGGAAUGUUGGGUACCUUUGCUCCCCAAAAAGAACCAUAUGUACAUGCCUUAAAAGAGGACAUCACUCCAUCUGGUGUGCUUGCAAGGGGUGUAUACUCUGCUAAGAUUAAGUUUGAAGAUGAUGACAGAAGGUGUCACAUGGAACUCAAAUAUUCGUUAGAGAUAAAGAAGAGUGUAGAGGAUGCGGUUCCCUAAUUCUCGAUCAAAAUAACAUAAUUGAGGUCCCACUGCUACGUGACAGCAAGAUAAACCGUAGGCUUCAAAGGUGACAUGAAAAAGAAGCAUCACCAUAGCAAGUUUGACUGUUGCUAGAAAACGGUGCAAGUAUUGGUUGAAUAAGUGAUUGAAAACUGAAAAAGUACUUAUCAAUAUUGUGAUUAGAAAAAAAGAUGUUUACCUAAAUAAGAUAUUAUUCGUAAUUUCAUGUUUUCCCACUAAUCUUGCGACAA